AUUUAACGUGUAUUUUUAAGAAUUUCCAAGAAGAAAAAUAGAAUUUUCAAACCUUUUGGAUAGCAACACAAAAUACUACAGUAGUAUCCAAAAUUGAAUGCAUCAAAAUUGUCAACUCCAUUUUACAGUUACCUUUUUUUCCCUGCAAAUUCACUCCAUUUGCUGAAUUUUCUCUGGAAUUCCGUGCUAAGAAACAACCCCUACACAUGUUUAGAUUUCUCUUCGACGGUAAACUCGCGCUUUCCAUGUGAUCAUACCCACACCCGACCCUACCCACACCCCCCCACCCACACACCCAGUACUAAUUCAGUAAUUCUAGUGUGGAAGCUGCUGCUGCUGCGAUGACUGAGGCUGACGGACUGCAUCUGUAGCCAAGAAACAAGAAAAUAAGAUGACCCAUUUCUCAUUUAUCGAAUCUACACUUUAAUCCGCUGCAGAAAUUCCAGGCCGAGAUUUGCGCAGAUCAAUCGGGCUUCAGAGAAAAUCUAGGACCCAGAGAAGUAGAAGUGGGAAAAAAGAUUUCUUUUUUCGGAGUUGGGUGUUUUGGAUAUCGGUUCCGACAAUGACGAUCAUAGGAGGAGCGGCGGCGGCUGGCCCGAACCCAGCUCCAGCGAUUUCGCUUGAUCACAAGAGGGAUGCUUAUGGGUUCGCAGUGAGACCUCAGCAUCUUCAAAGAUUUAGGGAAUAUGCAAAUAUAUACAAGGAAGAGGAGGAGGAGAGGUCAGAGAGAUGGAAGGAUUUUCUAGGAAGGCAAUGUGAAUCUACUCAAUCUGGUGACUACAUUGUUGCAAAGUGUGAUGAUGAAUCAACUGCUGAGGAUAGUUCAAAAGAUGGUGGUGAAGGUAAAGAUGCAAAUGGCAGGAAGCCUGAAAAUUUGAGUGAAGAGAAUAAAGAUGCACCAUCUGCAUCUGAAACCAAAGUUCAUCAGGUCAAAACAUGGGCAGAAAUCAGACCUUCUCUUCGAGCCAUAGAGGAUUUGAUGAGUUCCCGUGUGAAAAAAAUAAAUGUAAUGAAAAAUGAGCCAGUAUCCGGCAUCAAAAAGAAACUUUCUGCCAUUGAAGAGGCUAGACCUGGAAAAGGAGCAUCUGAAGAAGACUCUGACGAAGAGUUUUAUGAUUUGGAGAGAUCUGAAUCAGACCCCAAUCUACAAUCCCUUUCAGCAGACACCACUCCUGCUUUGGACUCAGGGGUUGAUGGCCAUGCAACUCAUUCGGAAUCUUUGCCUCCGUGGAAGGAAGAACUGGAAUGUCUUGUUCAAGGCGGGGUUCCUAUGGAACUAAGGGGAGAGCUCUGGCAAGCUUUUGUUGGUCUUAGAGCACGCCGAUUAGAUAAUUACUAUUACAAAUUGCUAUCUCCUGAGACUAAUGAGGACAGGAAUCAUGAGUCAGAACUAGAGUGUGUAGGUAUACCUGAAAAAUGGAGAGCCCAGAUUGAGAAGGACUUACCUCGGACUUUUCCUGGUCAUCCUGCUCUGGAUGAGGAUGGUAGAAAUGCUUUAAGACGUUUGCUUACUGCUUAUGCCCGUCAUAAUCCCUCUGUUGGAUAUUGCCAGGCCAUGAAUUUCUUCGCAGGCUUGUUAUUGCUUUUGAUGCCAGAGGAAAAUGCAUUUUGGACUUUAGUGGGGGUCCUAGAUGACUAUUUCGAUGGGUAUUACUCAGAAGAAAUGCUGGAAUCACAGGUUGACCAACUAGUUCUUGAGGACUUGGUGCGUGAAAAAUUUCCAAAAUUGGUAAACCAUCUCGAUUACCUGGGGGUGGAGGUGGCAUGGGUGACUGGGCCAUGGUUCCUCACAAUAUUUAUGAAUAUGCUUCCAUGGGAAAGCGUGCUUAGAGUCUGGGAUGUGCUACUCUUUGAAGGGAACCGUGUCAUGCUAUUCCGGACUACACUUGCUUUGAUGGAGUUAUAUGGACCUGCAUUGGUUACAACCAAGGAUGCUGGAGAUGCAGUCACACUGCUUCAAUCACUCGCUGGUUCUACUUUCGAUAGUAGUCAACUUGUCUUGACAGCUUGUAUGGCUUAUCAAAAUGUUCAGGAAACGCGACUACAAGAACUAAGAAAUAAACAUCGACCAGCUGUGAAGGCUUCACUAGAAGAAAGAUCAAAGGACAUUAAAGCUUGGAAGGUUUCCCAGGGUCUAGCUUCUAAGUUGUAUAGUUUCAAAAAGGAUCCUGGUUUUAUAGGUGUUGAUGAACCAGAACAAAGGGAUAUGCAGAUGAAUGGUGACAUAUCGCAUGAUGAAGAGAUAGAUCCUGUAAAAGAUCUCAAAGAGCAGGUGGUGUGGCUUAAGGUUGAGUUGUGCAACCUGCUUGAGGACAAAAGAUCUGCUGAACUAAGAGCAGAGGAGCUUGAAACUGCACUAAUGGAGAUGGUCAAACAGGAUAAUCGGCGGCAAUUGAGUGCAAGGGUUGAGCAGUUAGAGCUAGAAAUCUCUGAAAUUCGGCAAGCCCUCGCUGAUAAGCAGGAACAAGAGAAUGCCAUGCUUCAGAUUUUAAUGAGGGUAGAACAAGAACAGAAGGUGACUGAAGAUGCCCGUAUGUUUGCCGAGCAAGAUGCUGCUGCCCAGAGAUAUGCUGCUCAAGUGCUUCAGGAAAAGUACGAAGAAGCAUCUGCUACCCUGGCUGAGAUGGAAAAGAGGGCAGUCCUGGCAGAGUCCAUGCUCGAGGCCACCUUGCAGUACCAGUCGGUUCAAAACAAAGCACAGCCUUCUCCACGAUCCACGCAGCAAAGUAAUCAAGACCACUCACCCGAGAUUCAAACAAGAAAGACUAGUUUGCUUUCUAGAUGGCGUGACAGGAACAAGGAGAAGCCAACGGGCGCUGAUGAGCCAAAUGAUGAGAAAUCACAAAAUGAGGGACAGAAUUCAAGCUUGAAGCAGGACGACAUCAAUGGCCAUGAGGCGCAGGAGAAGGUAUAAGGGAGUCGAGGCAACUGUAUAUCUUGAUACGCAUUAGAAGCUGUGAGGAUCCAUCAAGCUACUUCUCGGGCCAUGAAGAGUUCUCCAUUUUUGUAUGAUUGUCGAUCAAAGACAACUCAUGGAGGUUGAAUUUUUUGUUUCUUCAUUCAUUGACAAUAAUUUGGUUGGUGAGUAAAGAAUUAUGACAAGGAACAUGGGGGUUUAGAGGUUUGAUCAAAUUAUAGUAUGCUGUUAUUCUUGUACAAACAUCUUCAUAAUGAAUGGUUGCUGUUGCAUAGAUAUUAUUACAAAAUUUAUGUGCA